AUGACCACUCUGGAGGCUGGGGUUGCUGUCCAGUCCACCAUGGAGCAUGAUCUGAGAAUGGGACUGUCUCUGUGGUCCAUUGUGGCCAUUGUUUGUAACUCCGUGGUGGGCGUCCUCAUCCUCAUCCUCUUUGUCAUCCUUUACAAGGCCUGCAAGGGCCCCCUCUGGGUCCCCGGACCAGAGCUUGGGAUUCCUCACCCGGAAGUGGGUGGUGGACUCACCGUCACCCAACUGGUCACACCACCGUCGACACAGUGA